AUGUCGUUCUUGCCACUUCAUAGAGAUAAGGAACAUAAAUUUAAGAAUGGCCACUGGAGAUGGGACGAGGGUGAAAGAAAAUUAAAAUUCCAUACACAUGAGAGCAUCGACAAGAGUGAUAAGAAAACAAAAGAAGACUUCUCGGUUGAUUUGGGUCUGAAAUUCAAAAAGUGUGUCACUGAGAUCGAAGAGAAAAUCUUCCGUGAAAAAUUCUUGCGGCAAGAUCCACUUUACGACAGAGACAUUGUGACACUUCAAGAUAUCAAAAAUUUAGUUAUUUUUACUGUGCAAACAAAGCUCACGCAUGAUUUCAUUGAGUUAGUUCAUCUCGAAACUUUUGAUAAGUUUCUAUACGGAAUCAUUUUCUACAUGGAUUUCUUUUUAUUGGUUCUUGAAUUUCUUUUGAUUCGUCGAGAUGAAGAGUUGAAGGGAAAACUUCGUGAUGACUUUUCAAUUAAAGUUGAAAAGUUUUUAUCACAUCAAUUGAGUGAUCGGAGACUGCUUGUUGCAAAAGAAUAUUCAAAGAUUCUAUACGGCCACAAAUCCUACAUAAACUCUUUGAAAAAUUUCCGAAGCCAACUGUCACCUUUAAUGUCUGAACUUUUGAUAACACCAGCACCAAACGACGAAAUCUUAAGAAUUGGAGAAGAGAAAUAUCUCGGAUGUAACGAGUACUUGUUUAACUUGGAACUUGAGUACUUGGUUCCUGAGUGUCAUCUUGUUUUGAUUUGUAAGACUCGUGGCAUUUUUGGUCAUCCGAAAUUCUUGUACGAUACGAUGCUGAACUUGAACGAGCAUGAGUUGAAGAAGACGGGAUGGGACGAGGAUAACGACCCCUACAGCCUCAUCAAACGAGUUUACAUUAAAAUCCAAACAGAAGAAGAGUUUACUAAAAUUAAAAGGUUUGACCUUUAA